AAAAUCGCAUCUGUAAAAUGUUUGACUUCCAGUCUUCCCUCACGUCGUUCGCGAUGAAAACAAAUUUUGUACAAAGACGCACGAGGCAUAAGUGAUGGAACAGCGGUGGAAUCUGACUGUGGAUGUCUUAUAAAUCGGUGAAUAUAAUUUCUUCGCGUGUAACAACUGCUCUUCGAGCUCGACAGUAUGCAACCGUGACGGCUGAAACGACAAAUUUUCCCAGCGACUGGAGAUUUGAUUCUCACAAAGCGGAUUUCCUUCGUCAUGCUGCUGCAAAAGGGACAAUGGUGCUACCUUCGCGACAGAAAGGAGAAGGUUUGGGUCGCCCCGAAAUCACCACUCAACGUUCAACUGGCAGCUACGCCGUUCUUGUUCCAUUCUGCACGGUCAAAGGGAUACCGUCGGUGCUGUUCACCCUGCGUUCGAGUAAUCUUGCCAAGCACAGAGGCGAAAUCAGUUUUCCAGGGGGAAAAUCCGAUCCAACUGAUAAGGAUGUCAUACACACUGCACUAAGGGAAACACAGGAAGAGAUUGGUGUGCCAGUGCAGAGUACGGAUAUUUGGACAACGCUGCCGCCCAUGCCAACUCGUGACGGAGCGAUGCUUUCGGCAGUAGUCGGUUAUACCGGUGAUGUUUCGAUGGAUGAGUUUAAACCGAAUCCAACGGAAGUGGAAGAAAUUUUUACUUGCAGUAUGGCUUCACUUUUAAACCCAGAGAAUGUGCGUUAUACUAGUUUCCGAACAAGGCACGGUUUGCGACUACCAGUAUUUGUUGUUAAUGACGGGAUAACCAGCAGACGUAUAUGGGGAAUGACUGCGGUUAUUUUGCUGAAUGUUUUGCAAUGUUUUGAACCGGGGUUCUGCCUUGGCUGUUUCGGCAAGGUUAAAAUGAUCAAAUGACGAUACGAUUUCCGUUUAUGCCCAUACGAAAACUCCAUUUUUAGAACUUUG